UACAGGUGAGUAAUGCCGAAAAUACUCGUACGCAGAUACAACCGCAGAUACCCGUCACAUCCUCGAUUUCGUUCGGUUGGUGUCAGUAGAAAGUGUUGCAGCCUCCAACUAGAGGCAGAGUAUUUGAGAGCGGUCUCUCGCAGACGCCAUCGACCGUUGAGUUGCCUUUUCUUCCCGGUGACUUCCCGAGAAAGGUGUCGGGACGCGAUUGUUUCAACCCCACAUCGUCGCGCCAUUUCGGUGUCGUCAGCAUCCCUCGACCUCUUUCGAUGGCGAUCGUGGUUAUAGUUUUCCAUGUUUCAAUUCUCCGCGUGGACAUUUCAUCCACGCGUUCGUAAUCGUCCGUGCAUGGAGAUUUUAACGGGAUUUUAAAAGGCUCAGUGAUCUUCUGUGGUUAGUUCAGCAAAGGAAAAGCUUAGUUUCUGUUUUAAUUUUAAUCUGGUGUGAUUUCUCUAGAAUGAGUUCGUUUUGGUUGGUUUUAACCUGAUUCUUAGUUCUGGAACUCGCGUAUUUCCGUGUAUUGUGAAAGUGUAUUUUCACCUUCCGUAAACCUCCAACCGGGACGAAAUGAGUUUUGGAUUCAUUAUCUUUAUUUUCGUCAAUCUUCUUUCCCUAUCAGGGCCGAGCGUUACGACGCAAAGGAUGGGUCGUGCGGCCAUCGCCCAAGAAGAGAAGCUCUGGAAACACGGAGUGAUUCCGUACGUGUUCGAUAAAAUGUUCACCGGGACCCAGAUUGCAACUUUCAUUCAAGCCAUGCGCCAUUGGGAGGCCAACACCUGCCUCGUUUUCGUCGAGAGGGAUCCACCUGUCCAUUCCGACUACAUCCUAUUCACAGCCCUUCCAUGCGGGUGUUGCUCCCACAUAGGACGAAAAGGGACAGGUGCGCAGAAAAUAUCAAUCGGCGAGAAUUGUGAUAAAUUUGGAAUUGUGGUCCACGAAUUGGGACACACUAUCGGAUUUUGGCAUGAGCACGCUAGGCCGGACAGGGAUGAAAACGUUGAUAUCCAUUGGGACAAUAUUCUGCCAGGUCGGAAACCCGAUUUUGCGAAACUGCCUCCAACCGAGGUGAGUUCACUUGGACUUCCUUACGAUCACAAAUCAAUAAUGCAUUAUUCCAGCAAAACUUUCUCAAAAACUAAAUAUUUAGACACAAUUGUUCCCAAGACAAAAGAUGUAUCUGCCGAGGAGCUUGGUCAAAGGAUCGAACUCAGCGAGGGAGACAUCGCGCAGACCAACCGAUUGUAUAAAUGUCCCGAGUGCGGUGGUACAUUUCAAUCGGACUCCGGGUCAUUUUCAGCACCCCCUGUCAACGAGAGUUCCAGUGACGAUUACAAAAAGAAAUGCGAGUGGAGGAUUUCGACAGCGCAGGGUGAUAAAAUAGUGCUCACGAUAAGUUUGAUUGACAUUUUUAUCACAAGUUCCUGUGAAACUGAUUACCUGGAGAUCCGGGAUGGCUAUUGGCACAAGUCAAAUCUAUUGGGCAGAUUUUGUGGAAGAAGUAAGAAUCCUCGAACCGUUAUCAGCACGGGUAGUCGCAUGUUUAUUACAUACGUCGCCACAAAAAACCAAGUUAAUCGUUUGGGUUUCGAAGCAAAGUAUGAAGCUGUCUGCGGAGGCACGUUAUUUGCUCGGGAUCCAGCUCACCUAGACUCGCCCAAUUUCCCAAACCACUACGGCAAAAACAAGCAAUGCGAGUGGAUCAUUGAUGCACCUCCAGGCUACAAAGUCGGUUUAUACUUCCAACUUUUUGAUCUUGAAAGUGAGAUGGACUGUACUUAUGAUUAUUUAGAAAUAAGAGACGGCUCCGACCUGAACGCACCUUUGAAAGGAGUUUUCUGUGGAAAAUAUGUGCCACCGCCUAUCGUCUCGUCCGGCUCAUCCCUAUACGUUAAAUUCAGAUCAGAUUCCACCAAUGAGAUGCCCGGUUUCUCGGCUAUUUACGUCAAAGAGAUGGACGAAUGUGCGAGCCGAACGCACAAAUGCGAGCAGACCUGCAUUAAUACGAUCGGAGGCUACGAAUGCGCCUGUAAGGUGGGCUACCAACUUGCUCCUGAUGGAAAACAUUGCAUCGAGGAGAACUGCGGCGGGCUGAUAAACGAAACGAACGGUAUAAUCUACAGCCCAGAGUACCCCCGAAAGUACCCGAACCGGGAGUCCUGUAUUUGGGAGAUAACGGCGCCGAUGUACCACAAGGUGUUCCUCAAGUUCUUGCGCUUCGACCUGGAGGGCGACGCGGCCCACUCGGAACAGUGCAGCUACGACAAGCUCGAGGUGAUCAGCGUCCUCGGCGACAACUCCUUCCGGCGCCACGGCGCCUUCUGCGGCACCAAGCUCCCGGGCCCCAUCCAGUCCGUCAACAACGUCCUCCGCGUCCAUUUCACGUCCGACGAGACGGAGGCGCGCACCGGAUUCAGGAUCAAAUUCAUAGUAGACAUGGACGAGUGUGAAAUACGUAAUGGUGGCUGCCAGCAUAUCUGCGUCAACACGUUAGGCUCUUUUUAUUGCAAGUGCCGCUCUGGAUUCUCUCUCCUGGCGAACGGAUACGGGUGUAAGCCGGAGGGUUGCUAUCACGAGCUGGUCAAACCCGUGGGCAAGAUCUCCAGUCCAGCCUUCCCGGAGAACUACCCGCCUUUCUCGGAUUGCGCCUGGAGUAUCCGAACGGCUCCCGGGCAUCGUCUCAAACUGGUAUUCAAAAUUUUCAAUCUGGAGACACAUGAAAACUGCCUGUAUGACAGGCUAAUGGUUUACGAUGGUAACUCUACAUUUGAUACGCUUCUGGGAAGUUAUUGCGGUGAUAUCAUUCCAACAUCAAUAAUUACCUCCCAAAAUCAGAUGUACAUUACAUUUCAAUCUGACAGUACGACCCAAAAACAAGGAUUUGUCGCAUACUAUUCUGCAGUGUGCGGUGGUCAUCUGGAGGCAACGAGAACACCGAGACAAUUGUACUCGCAUCCGAGAUUCGGCAUUAGUAACUACAAAAAUAACUACAGAUGCACCUGGAUAAUCGAGAGCGCUUACACCGAUAACAAAAUUCGGUUAAAUUUCACAUUUUUCAUGGUAGAGCCGUCCCCUGACUGCGAAUACGACAGUUUAGACAUAUAUAACGGUGUUGGCGCUAUGCCUACUCAAAUUGGCAAAUUUUGCGGCAAUGAGAUUCCCAGCGACGUUAUAUCCGACUAUGAAUCCUUAAGGGUUGAAUUUACUUCAGACAACAGUCGGUCUAGCAAAGGAUUCCUUUUCACCUACGAAGCCGUCCCUGAGGAGGUUGGACCUGCUAUAAGUUCAAACCUAGAUGACAAAAAGUGAUUUGUACCUGUUCGAUCAUAAUUUUAAGAAUGCAAAGGCUCCAGGUGACUGUUAAACAUUAUUUCGACGCUAAAAAUCGUGCUAAUUUUCAAACUUUUUAGGAAAUUAAAAAAUAAAUGUAUCUUGUAUUUUUGUCUGAUAAGCUUCACAGUUGAUCAUGAGUAACGAGAAAUGUUCUGGAAUCGUUAGAAGUAAGUCUCGGAUUAUUGACAAGGCCGGUUUCACGUUUGGCUGAUUUAUUUUUUAAAAAUUUGAUAAAAUCCAGGUACGAUACAAUUUUUUACGAAACAAUUGGAUCUUGCUAUAUUUCCAAGCUUUUUACAAUUUCAUGAAAAACUCACAUGGAAUAGGUCAUACGUCUAACUAAUUUUCAGCUGUUACAUGACAAAAAUUUCCUUGGCCUUUAGCUCACGAUAAAAUGAGUCCCCCUUUUAUUGUGAAGAUUAUAUGCUGCAUAAUGAUUAUCGUCAAUAUCAACAGACGGGCGUAAUUUAAUUUAUAUUUUUCUUUCCCUCAUCACAAUUUUUUUUUUUUUUUUCAAAAGACUUUGAUUCGUCCCUGGGCUUUAGGUGGGUAUUUUUUCUAUCCUCUCCCGCGAAUCACUGAACAUUUCAAAUUACGAGCUGUUUAUCUUAAAUGAAACAAUGAGAAAAUCAGAUGUCUCUUUGAACAAUCUUCAGGACCACCAUUUUUGUGUUCUUUGUAAAUAUGAAAGGCUGCUGAGGAAUGAAGGGGGUAACUAACAUUUUAAAGAUCAGUAACAUUUAACAUUUGAAACGACUUUAAAGUUAAAACACUCGGAGAAAAUAGGAAAGUUGUUACAAUCAGCAACUGAUUAUGACGACUGUCCUCUUUUUUUCGGCGUAGAGUCCUCUUGUUCAUGCCUAAAAUGUUUGAACUAAGAUUACAGGGCUGAAAGUGCAGUAUUCAAAGUCAGAUUUUCCAGAAUAUUCCUUCAAAAAAGGUUCGUUUAAAAUCACUAACGCCUCAUUUUUUCAAAAAUAAUACUUAUCUCCUUAAACGUCGGAGGCCUCUAUUGGAAAUUGUUACAAUCAACUUGAUGUCGUUUUUUAAAUCAUUGAUAUGUGCAUCGGAAGAAUAGUCAUUUGAAUUACAAGCAUUUAAAUAUUGAUAAA